GCAUUUAGAAUGUGACUUAAAACCCCACUUCUCAACUCGAUUAUGUCCAUUCUAAGCGAGAUGAAUUUUAAAUAAUUGUGGCGUUUAUCCAAAUGUGCAAUACGAAACAUUCCGCGUGUCCAGAAUCCUCUAGAACGAACCUGUGAAUCAUUGUGUUCGGUGUUUUAUUCUGUCUAUGGUCACAUUACAUUGCGUGUUUCCCUGUGUAAAUUUGACAGUCGCCUGACAGGUCGUGUGAUAAUUAAAUUUCUUCGGUUCGAACAAUUAAAAUUAGAAUUACUUGUGUAAAAUUGUAUUGAAAAUGUCGCACACAGUCGAAUUGUACAUCUACGACUUGUCCAGAGGAUUUGCGUCGUCAAUGUCGCAAAUGUUAAUCGGUAAACAAAUCGACGGAAUUUGGCACACCUCUGUCGUAGUUUAUAAUCGGGAAUACUUCUUCGGAUCAAGCGGAAUCGAAAGCUGCAACCCUGCCGGCACCGCGCUAGGGAAACCCCUUAAAAUCAAAAAGUUAGGUGAAACUCAAGUACCAUACAGUGUUUUCAUUGAAUACCUUAACGGUUUAUCCACUUCCACCUAUUUAGCUUCCACAUACAGUUUAUUUACUCACAACUGCAACAACUUUAGCGAGGAAAUAGCGCAAUUUUUGUGCGGCUCAAGUAUACCGAAAUACAUCCUAGAUCUGCCCAACGAGGUGCUGCAAAGCAGCCUGCUAAACGUGAUACCCGCGUUGGUAGCGCAGCUGGAGAAGAGCGCGCGUCCGAUUGCCGAAGAACGGAACAGAUCGUCCAAGGAGCCGAGUCCCGAUUUCGAUCAACUCAACACCCAAAUCGAAGAAGCAAGGUACAACUCGUUCCUGUUGGAGCAGCGGCGCAAAACCCUCAAGGAGAAACUAGCGAAAAAAGAGCGCAAACGCGAAAAAAAGCGCAAGAAACUUCUCAAGGAAGGAGGCGCCCCAUCCAUCGAACUAGACGAACCAACAAUGGAAACAGAAACGGUGAACGGGUCGGAAAAUUUGCCCUCCGAACAGGCAUUGGCUAUGGAAGAGGAGGAGCGUAGAGAAGAGGAGGAGAAAAAAAAGUCCAGAGAGCCCCCGAUCGUUUACAAGGAUCUAAUUGAUGUGAAGGCGGAGUUUGAUUCGCUGGUGGCAUUGAUCGACGGAAAAUUGUCCGAAGACGAGCAGAGGUCAACUGAAGAACUACAACAGUACAUGAUCGGUGGCGAAGGCAGUUGGGCUUUAAGCGACGGUUUUCUGGAUUACCUCAAUCGGUUGUUAAACGACAAACAAUUACCGGUGGAAGUUAGGGUGAAAGUGAUUAAUAUUUUAGCAGUUGCCGCACUAAAGGAUGACAUCAUUCUAGUCUUACAUGGUGACAGGAAAGAUCACGUCAUUAUGAACUAUUCCUUCGACAUCGACAGGCACAGUCCCGAGGAACAAAUAGCCAUUUCACUUUUUUUUGCCAACAUGUUCGAAAAUCUGAGCUCAUCGGAAUGGUUAAUGUACAUUUCUGAGUGGACGUACAACAACCAGCAAACCAGUAAUAUUAGGGUGACAACGAAAGUAGCCGUGCACUGUUUGCUAUCCGAUUCGCCGGUACUGCAGGAUCGCGGUGCCGCCAUCAUCCACAAUUUGGCCUGCAAGGAGAAAAUGUUCAAAAAUUUUCGCAUUCGCCAGUUAUUACCCAAAGGCAGCUUAUCAAAGGUCUUUGACGACGUGGCAGUUGAAUUGACUAUGUCACUUUUGGAGUACUUCAAGUCAAACCCGAACGAGGAACAAUUGUAUAGAUGCUUAAAGGCACUGUCCAAGUUCGUUCAAAUCUCAGGUCAAGAGGUGCCACAACUGAUCCAAAUGAUCGGACCGGACCCGAGAAGUUUUAAAGGUCAAAGCGAAAGAGUGGACGCUCUUGUCGAACAAAUCAGUACAAAAUUACGUUAGUUGUCUUUUAAGGAUAAGAUUAUUUAUUAAAACUCUUUUUUUGUUAUUUAAUUUUUAUUAUGUAUUUACAAAUUUUAUAUAUUUGAAGGUUUGUUGUUCAUGUUCAUGCAUUUUAACCGGACGUUUUUUUAUAAAAUUUUAUUAACUUGGUUCCUGUUUUAGGACUUAAUAUUGUAGAUUUUUUUACAUUUGUACAGGAAUUUUUACCAUGGCAUAAUAAAGAGUUAUUGUUUUAUAAAA